GUCCUCAAGGCGGCCACGGCGAUCUUGGAGAAAUUUGAGAGCAGCCAAGACAGCUCAACGAUGGCAUCGGCCCGUGACGUCUUGAAGAAUGCCAUGGACGAUCUCUUGCCAGACAUGCGCAAGGGGAGAGUGCUGGUCAUCGAGAUGAUGUUGGUGCGGCAGCUUUCCAAGGUGAAGGGCAAGGACAUUUCGAUCGACAGCAAGGACCCCUGCGUCGUGGACAUGGAGGGAUUGCUGACCAAGCAAACCAUUUUCCUUUCCAGCAAUCUGCUGGGAAUGACGUCCAAUGAUAUUCACCCAGCGUUGUGGCAAGCGGUACAGAAGUUUGCCAAGUGA